AUGUGGCUAUAUGCGGCACUUUUCUUAAUCGUUCCCUCCUACAGUAUGGAAGGCACAGUGUCGGAAUGCAGUAACGAUUGCGUACGCAUCAUCAGAGCAAAGGUUAAUAAUACAGUCAUUUUGGAUGGAAUUCCAGGAAGAGAUUGGAUGCGAGAGCGUUUUUUUGGUCUUGAAGAAGGCAUGGGAACACGUUGUGGUGGAAAGGGUGAUACUUGCCUAACGUUUGACUUUCGUUAUACAAGGGACAACACUCCAGUGGUAGCAGCAAGUACAUCCCACUUAGCCUGUCAUGAUGGAGCUCUUGUACUUGGACCGCUUGGAAUAUUGGAUUCUGGCUAUUACUGGCAACCCAAUUAUUUUUGGCAGGUCCCUACGACCUGGACAUUUGACAGUUACAUGUAUGCGAUGCCCUGUGACGCUGUCAAGCUCAUUGUUGAGAAUUAA